CUUUAUAGAUGUGGGACGGGAGCGAUGGGAAGAUGGCGGCGGCUAUGGUACAAAUGUCCUGUUUAUACCGGGGCAUGCUAGCGGUCAGGGCCACCGGCAUCCGGACGCUCAUCCCCGGCCUGGUUCCAGCGCACUUCCGAGCCUUCUCCGUGCGGAAGGAGCCGGACCUGGAGGAGAACCCGUUCUACAGCAAGUACCAGGACAAGAUCCAGCAGCUGCGCAGUGCCAAACCACAGGAGUACAAGGUGCGGCUGGAGAAACGCCAUGAGGCCCAGAAGGAGGUGCUCGGACACUCCAAGCAGGCCGAGUUCAUCCGGCUCAUGGAGCAGGAGUUGGAGAAAAGAGACCAAAUGGCUGCUGGUGAUGGAGCAUCAGGAGGUUUCACCAAGAACAAGACGCUGGGCUCCAUCCUCAACCUGGAAAUGAUUAAGAACAAGACGGGUGAGGAAAUUGCAGAGCUUUGGACGAAGUUUUAUUCUGCGAAGGACACGAUCAGCGCCGUCAUCCCGACACAGAUCUAUGAGGUGAUUUCCAGCAGAACAAAGUCCUGCCCGAUGUUUCUUUACGCAUUACCCCAGAAAGAGGGUUACGAGUUCUUUGUGGGUCAGUGGUCCGGACAUGAGCUGCACUUCACCUCCCUCAUCAAUGUCCAGACGCUGGGUGAGAACGCUCCCAGUCAGCUGAUCCUCUACCACUACCCAGACCUGAAGGAGGAGAAGGGCGUUGUGCUCAUGACAGCUGAGAUGGACUCCAGGUUCAUAACCGUCCACCAGGCUCAAUGCUUGGCCAAUCAGGUGCAACUGUUCUACAGCACGCAGAGGCAGGAGACGUACAGAUUGGUGGAGACAUUUAACCAUCACCCUGCAGACUUCAAACACAUGUCUGUGAUAGCAGAGCUGGAGCAGAGCGGGCUGGGCUCUACGGCUUCCCCUGGUUCCUGAGUCACCACCACACCGCCUGCUGUCACACGUCCAGGACCUGUUGCUCUCUUUUAACAUGACAGUAGAUGUUUUAUCACUCAGCACCUUCCACUGGAAUGCAGCUGCUUCUCAUCCUGUGUAUAAAGUUUGCAGCAGCGGCUGUGAUUUAGGAAAACGAACAUAAAGAAGCACAGAUUGCCUCUCAUGAACUCGGAUGAUCUACAACACAUCUUGUGUAUUCAUUUGGAACCACAGACAAUAUUGUGGCAGUGUCUUGUUCUAUAAAGAAUAAAUCACACUGUCUCCUGUUCUUCAUAUCUGACUGGACCAGACAAACCCAAAAACCAUUUUAAUUUAAGUCUGAAUAUUGUGUCAGAUUUUUCAUCUCCUUGUUCUUGGAACAAAAAACCUUUGAUGUGUGGUUUAGACGAAGCCCUAAGGUUAAGUUUCAGCGCUGUGGGUCAUUAUCACAAGCAGAAUUAUUGGGUGGUGUCUGGUAGAGUCUAAAUAACUGUCAUUGACCCUGCUUGUAAUUUCCAAAGGGAAUGGAGAUCUGACUGACCCAUUUCAACAUGGAAGGAGUGAAUGUUCAAUAUUAAAGUGAAUCCACAACA